AUGACAGAAAAGAUCUCAGCAUCCAAGGCUAAACGUCUCGCUGCAAGAGCUGCCAAGGCAGAAGCCAAAGGAGGAAAAGCGGGCAAUAGCACUGCUGUUCGACGUGCCGCAGCCAAAAAAGCAGCCAGUGAUGGUGACAACGGAUCAGUCAACGAUCUGGACAUGAACAAGGCCAACAUUAACGUUGAUCGCACUGCCACGGGUGUCUAUACAUCUCAGGAGCGUAGUCGUGAUAUCAAGAUUGAGUCGUAUUCUCUCAACUAUCAUGGACGUGUCCUCAUUGAUAAUGCAACGAUCGAACUCAACUUUGGGCGGCGAUAUGGUCUUAUUGGUGCCAAUGGGUCUGGCAAAUCCACUUUUCUACAAUCCCUCGCUGAUCGUGAUAUUGAAAUCCCAAAGCACAUUGAUACAUAUCUAUUGAAUCAAGAAGCUGAACCUUCCGAUAUGAAUGCUGUGGAAGCCGUGAUUCAUCAUGCCAAGAAUGAAGUGGCUCGUUUGGAGAAGCAAGUUGAGGACAUCUUGAGUGAAGAAGAGGGAGCCGACAAUCCGUUAUUGGAUGAUUUGUAUGAACGUAUCGAGCAAAUGGAUCCUGCAACAUUUGAACCUCGUGCAUGCACCUUACUUUCUGGUCUCGGUUUCACUACAAGUCAAAUGGCCAAGAAAACAAGAGACAUGUCUGGUGGUUGGCGUAUGCGUGUGGCAUUAGCACGUGCGUUGUUCGUUCGUCCCACGCUGCUACUAUUGGAUGAACCUACAAAUCAUUUGGAUCUUGAGGCAUGCGUAUGGCUGGAAGAAUAUCUCAAGACCUACGAUCGUAUCUUGGUCGUCAAUUCGCAUUCCCAGGAUUUCCUCAAUGGUGUAUGCACCAACAUUAUGCACUUGAAUCACAAGCGGAAGCUCGUUUAUUAUGGUGGCAAUUAUGACAUGUUUAUCAAGACCAAGGAAGAGAAUGAGAUCAACCAAGCCAAGGCUUAUGAGAAACAACAGGAGGAGAUUGCUCAUAUCAAAAAGUUCAUUGCAUCGGCUGGUACUUAUGCCAAUUUGGUGCGACAAGCCAAGUCAAAGCAAAAGAUCAUUGACAAGAUGGAAGCUGCUGGAUUGGUGGAGAAGGUGGAGAAGCCACAUGCCUUCAAGUUUUCUUUCACGGAUGUUGCAAAGCUACCACCGCCUGUGCUUGCUUUCCAAGAUGUCAGCUUUGCCUAUGAUGGGAAUUUGGAACGACCCCUGUACAAGGAUAUUGAAUUGGGUGUGGAUAUGGAUUCUCGAGUGGCACUCGUAGGACCCAAUGGUGCUGGAAAAUCCACUCUCCUCAAGUUGAUGAGUGGUGAAUUGCUUCCCAAUGGCGGUCGUGUUCAGCGUCACACAUCACUCAAGCUUGGCAAAUACUCGCAACAUUCAGCAGACCAAUUGGAUAUGGAUCUUUCGCCUAUCGAUUACAUGCGCAACAAGUUUCCAGAAGUCAGCACAGAGGUCAGCUUUUGGCGUCAGCAAAUUGGACGUUAUGGAUUAUCAGGCUCCCAUCAAACCUCUCCUAUUGCUCACUUGUCGGAUGGUUUGAAAUCUCGUUUGGUAUUUUGCGAAUUGGCUGUAGCUCAUCCACAAAUCAUCUUGCUUGACGAACCUACCAAUCAUCUCGAUAUGGAUUCAAUCGACUCACUUGCUGAAGCCAUCAACAACUUUACUGGCGGUGUCGUUCUUGUGAGUCACGACUUUCGAUUGAUUUCUCAAGUGGCCAAGGAGAUUUGGCGUUGUGAAGGAGGAAAGGUGAUGCCAUUCGAGGGUAGUAUCGAGGAAUACAAGGAGUCUUUGAGAAAGAAAGUCAAGUUGUAA